AUGAUCGGGGAAAGGCCGUCAGAGGCAGGGGUGAGGUUUGGCGUGGCGCAGCCUGUACAGGUGGUUAAGGUCUCUUUUCCCUCGCCAAGCCAGAGGAGCAGCAGUGCUGCAGCUCCUGCAGCUCCCCCCACGCCUCCUGCAGCGGCUGCUGCUUCUGAGCUGAUCAGCCCGUCCUCCCUACAGUGCGACGGAGACAGGAGGACGGCAGCAGAGGGGGUAUCUUCAGCUGCUCCACAUCUGCCUCCCCGUGGGGAAAGAACAAGCAGCGACGGCUCGUUUGAUGCGUCGGAGUCGACCAGCCGCCUCUCCUUCCUCGUGACUUCCAUGGGGGCUGCUGUUGGCAUCGGCUGUGUGUGGCGUUUUCCAGCGUACUGCUACAAGUGGGGGGGAGGAACGUUUCUGGUUCCAUACAUGCUGCUGCUGCUCUUCCUGGGCGUUCCUUUGCUCGCCGUCGAGAUGGUGCUUGGGCAGAUAUUUCGAGGCGGUCACAUGCGAGUGCUUUCGCUGCUUUCGCCGUCGCUGAGAGGGCUCGCAGUGGCGACUUUGCUCCUCUCCUUCUGCAUUUGCAGCUACUAUUCUGUCUUUCUGGCGUGGGGGUGUCUGUACGCCAUUGCCUCCUUGUCUCCCCGCCUCCCCUGGGCUGUAGCGGCUGAGGAAGCCGCUGCAUGCGCAGCGUCCUCUCUGCAGCAGCAAGCGGCAUGCAGCGCAGCGCGCGGCGCAGGAAGCCUCUUCUGCCAGUGGGUGCCGAAGGCUGCAGAGACAGCAGCGACGUCAGACGCAGUCGUUGCCGCUGCAGAAGGUCGGUGCGUUGCGGAUGCCGAGGCUAAAGCGGCUGCCUUUUUCUCGUGGGCAGUGCUUCAGCAGCCUGCGAACGGCGGAGGAGCGGGAGCAGCAGUUUCAGGAGCAGCGAAUGCCUCAGCAAGUGCUCUUGGAGGGGGCGGAGCUGCUGCUGCUGCUGCCUCGAGCGGUUUCUCAAUGGCAUGGUCUCCUGCGUGCUGCUUGGUGUUGGUAUGGAUGUGCGUCUAUUUGGGGUUGUUUAGAGGGUUGCGAGGCAUGAAGCGUCUCUGCUACGUGUCUGUGCUCCUGCCUAGCGUCUGCGUCUUGCUGCUCAUGCUGCGCGCCGUCUCCUUGCCGGGAGCCUCGUUGGGUGUCGCCCGUCUCUUCUCGCUGGAUUGGCGACUUCUCACCGGCAAUCCGGAGGUGUGGGCUGAGGCGGCGAGUCAGGUGUUUUUUUCUUUGGGAGUAUUUCAGGGGGUGAUGUCUGCGUAUGCCUCCCGCAAGCCACCGACUCAAAACACGACUUUAGAUGCCCUUGCUGUGGCGCUCUUCAACGCUAUUCUGUCGCUCGUCUCUGCGACGGCAGCCUUCGCAGUCGCUGGCUACGUCAUUUCCUCCUCCGGCAAGAGUGCGCCAGCUGCUUCCGAGGCGGCGGGGGGAACGCUCGACUGGAGCAGCCUGCAGUUGGAAGGCUCUCAGCUGGUAUUCGUGCUCUACCCCGUCGCCUUAGCCUCUCUGCCUGCGCCGCACUUCUUCUGCCUGCUCUUCUUCCUCGCCUUUGUCUUGCUCGGUGUCAGCAGCGUGGCUUCCCUCGUGCAGCCUUCGAUCGACUUGCUGCUGCAGUCUCGGCUCUUCCAUGGCAGCAGCAGCAGCAGCAGCAGCGGCAGCAGCAGCAGCAGCAGCUCCCCGCUGAAGCUGUGGGCAGUCUCUCUGUGUCUCUGCUGCCUCUGCUGCAUGCUGGGAUUGUUCUUUUGCCUGCGCCGCUCUGAACUUGUGGUGCUCGAGACGGCGGACUACCACUGGGGGGUGGUGGGGUUGUUGUUGGUGGGAACGCUGGAGACACUCGCCUUCGGCUGGGUGUAUGGACUGGGGCGGCAGAGACGUCACGUUGGCGAUCGAGCGGCUUAUGGGUGGCUGGCUGCCUACGUCUCUUCGCUCCUCAUUGCAUGCACGUGGGGGUUCUUUGGUUCGAGCGAGGCUGCCGUUGCUGCGGGUGUUGGAGCUGCCCUCGCGCUGCUCCUCGCAGGAGCGGCUGUUUCGCUCUCUUUCGCAAUCCGUUUCAGCAGCAGGAAGCAGCGGCAGAAGGCUGCGAUCGCAGCGGGAGCCGCCGCCGCUGCGGCUGCAGCCGCUGUGUACAGGGAGGAGCUUGCUGCUGUAGUUGGCGAUGACUUUGCUCUUUGCGGAUAUGCCGACUCAGAGGCAGCUGCGAGGCGCACCGAGGAGCGGCGCGCAAGAGCAGCGGCGGCAGCAAGGGCGGAGGCUGCGAACAACGGCGUGUCUUCUUCCGAAGCCGAAGAAGACGCGAGCUACUGUUGCGUGCCUCUCGGCGGUGUGGGCAGGAUCGCUUUCUGGUUAUUCUGGGGGAAUGUCGAGCAUCUACGCCGCAAUUUGAAUACCAUUACGUCGUCGAGUCGCCGCUCUUUAAGAUUGCGCCCUUGUUGGUCCUUGCUGCUCAAGUAUCUAAUGCCUGCUGUUGUGUGUAUUCUGCUCUUCCAAAGUCUGAGGAAAGGAUCGCAGUCGCUGCCCUCACGGAGAGGUACAUUGGAGCGUUUCUCCGCAACAGGAUCUGCUGCUGCUGCUGCUGCUGCUCAGGGGGAUGGCGCUGAAGCAGCGUCAAGUGGCGAGGUUGUCGAGCUGUUUGUAGGCGCUUCCUGGCUGUAUCAAGGGCCUACUGUUGCGGUGCUUUUGCUGGUGGUGCUCGUGACGGCUCUAGGGGUGUUCGUGCCGUUUGUCUUCUCGCCGCUGCUCCCCAGCGACAUGCAUGCGGGCAGCAGCCGUGUUGCUGCGCCUGAUAGAUGUGCAGACAGAGGCGCGUUGAGCGGAGGGGGGAGGUUCAGCGUAGGUUGCAGGAGCAAGUGCAGGGGCGUCUCGGCAGCAACAGCCACACGCACACAGACACACACCCAGGAAAGAUCUCGAAAAUCGGCUGGAAGGUAUCAAAUUCUCGGCGAUAGCAGCAAAUGUCGGGAAAGGGCAGGGGAGGACGGACUCUCCUUCGAGGGUGGCAGCUGUGAGGCUGCUGCUCCCCCUGCCCGCCUUCUGCAUGCUUUGAAUGUCGCGCUUUUCGUCGAGGAAGGGAGCGCCAGGCUUCUCCUCCCUGCUUUCAGCGAUACGCAGCAGCUCUAG